AUGGGAAAAGAUGUUCAAAAAUAUGUCACCAGUUGUGACUCGUGUCAAAGGAACAAAAGUAGUAAUCAACAACCAACAGGACUUUUACAACCACUCCCAACACCAACAAAACACUGGGAACAAGUCACAAUGGAUUUUAUAGUACAAUUACCAACAACACAUAGAGGAUAUGACGCAAUCAUAGUAAUUGUAGACCGAUUGUCCAAACGUGCACAUUUUUGUCCAACACACACAUCAGUAACUGCACCAGAAGUUGCGAAAAUUUUCUUCUCUAUCAUUUUUAAGAAUCAUGGCUUGCCUCAAACUAUUAUUUUGGACAGAGAUGUGAAGUUUACUAACAAUUGGGACAAAUAUUUACCUGCUGCUGAAUUUGCCUACAACAAUUCCAAACAACCUUCAACAGGUUACACACCAUUUGAGUUAGAUUGCGGACAACAUCCAAGCACCCCUAGUUCAUUGGCAGCAAAGAAAAACACUCCAGUACCGGCAGCAGAUGACUUCUUGAAUCAUUGGAAUACCAUGAUUCAAAUUGCAAAAGAUACUUUGAUGAUUGCUCAAGAAAGACAAACAAAGUACUCUAAUCAAAAGCGAUGCCAUGAGGAAUUCAAAACAGGGGAUAAAGUUUUGUUGUCUACACGGCACAUAAUUACACCAAUUGAUAGAAACUGGCCAACCAAGAAACUUACACCAAGAUAUAUGGGACCAUAUACAGUCAUUGCAGCAAUCUCUACAACUGCAUAUAAACUGGACUUACCAGAAAAUUUGAAAAUUCACCCUGUUUUUCAUGUGUCUUUAUUAAAACGAUAUCAAGAAACAUCUGAUAACUUUAAUCGACAUACACCACCACCAGCAAUUAGUAUUCCUGGAACAGAAGAGGAAGAAUAUGAAGUAGAAAAUAUCCUUGAUAAAAAGCUGGUACGAACAAAACCACAUUAUUUAGUUAAAUGGAAAGGUUAUCCAUUACAUGAUGCGACCUGGGAACCUGCUGAACAUCUAAAGAAUGCAGAAAAGAAAGUUAAAGAAUUUGAAUUGACAAGGACGUCAAAACUUAAGGAGGGGAGAAU